GACGCGUAGUUAAUACACGCAGCAAAUGUAGAUAGCGUAUUUUAGCGGGAGAGGCAGUUCACUUCAAAACUUCUACCCGUUUUUCUAAGACAGCUAACGAGCGGACCCUUCUCAAAGCGCGAGACAAGGCUGCUGUUUCCCGGGUGCUGUGGAUUACGCCGAGAACAAGGAGAAUAGCCGGUGCUCGGGUUCAUUCUCAUAUCCUCAGCCAUUUUGACUGCACGCCUCAGGGCUGUUUUUCUUCACCGCUCCUCCUCUGUACGCGUACACGGUUUGCAAAUUGGUUGCAACUCCGUGCCAAAUAUGUACAGUGAGAUGGAUUCGCCUUUCAAUUUUUAAUUGGGACAGAGCUAUACCCGAAACGAACGGCCAGAAGCGGGGGACUAGAACAGCGGUUGUUUUGUCAACAGAGGAGAGAGCGAGAGACCUUAUUAUCUUGGAUAAGGAUGGCGUGCUACCUGUUGGGAGUUUACCUGCUACUUGCUCUCUGUAUUUUGCAAAGCUCAAGUGGUACCACCGCAAAGGAGAUCACGUGUCAAGAAAUCUCUGUACCUUUGUGCAAAGGAAUAGGAUACAAUAACACCUAUAUGCCCAACCAGUUCAACCAUGACACCCAAGACGAAGCGGGCUUGGAGGUCCAUCAGUUUUGGCCUCUCGUGGAAAUCCAGUGUUCCCCGGACCUCAAAUUCUUCCUCUGCAGUAUGUACACCCCUAUUUGCCUCGAGGACUACAAGAAGCCGCUGCCACCGUGCCGGAGUGUCUGCGAGAGAGCCAGGGCUGGCUGCGCGCCGCUCAUGAGGCAGUACGGUUUCCCCUGGCCAGACCGCAUGCGAUGCGACCUGCUACCGGUGCAGGGCACUCCAGACACUCUCUGCAUGGACUAUAACAGAACUGAUUCAACCACUGUGUCUCCGGUCCUGUCAAAGCCCACAAACAACCCUGGCAAGACCUACAAUGGUAAACACGGCCCCAGCCGACCCAACAAAAAGCCCCGGCCCCCGGGAUCAACCUGCGAGCCGGGCUGCCAGUGCCGCACACCCAUGGUGCCUGUUAAUAGCGAUCGACAUCCGCUGUACAAUCGUGUCAAGACUGGACUGACGCCUAACUGCGCAAUGCCCUGCCACAACCCUUAUUUCACCCAAGACGAGAGAACGUUUACGGCGUUCUGGAUUGGACUAUGGUCUGUGCUGUGUUUCAUCUCCACGUUCGCAACAGUUGCCACUUUUUUAAUCGACAUGGAACGGUUUAAGUACCCAGAGAGGCCAAUCAUCUUCCUCUCGGCUUGCUACAUGUUUGUCUCCAUCGGUUACAUUGUACGACUUAUCGCAGGACACGAGAAGGUGGCGUGCGCCAAGGAGUAUGACGUGGAACACAUACACUACGAGACCACUGGCCCUGCGCUGUGUACCGUUGUGUUUUUGUUGAUAUACUUUUUCGGCAUGGCGAGCUCAAUCUGGUGGGUGAUAUUGUCGCUCACUUGGUUCCUGGCGGCCGGCAUGAAGUGGGGAAACGAGGCCAUUGCGAGUUAUUCGCAGUAUUUUCACCUGGCCGCCUGGCUAAUCCCUAGUAUGAAAUCCAUUGCAGUGCUGGCUCUGAGCUCAGUGGACGGAGACCCAGUGGCAGGGAUAUGCUACGUGGGCAAUCAGAAUCUGGACAAUCUCAGGGGCUUUGUUUUGGCGCCCCUGGUUAUCUAUUUAUUUAUUGGCACAAUGUUCCUGUUGGCAGGGUUCGUGUCACUCUUCAGAAUCCGGAGUGUCAUCAAACAAGGUGGCACGAAAACGGACAAACUAGAGAAGCUGAUGAUCCGAAUCGGAAUCUUUACAGUGCUUUACACGGUACCUGCCACUAUAAUAGUUGCAUGUUAUUUUUACGAACAACACAACAGACAGAGUUGGGAGAUCAGUCACAACUGUUGUCCAAUGGAGCAGGACAUUAAAAAGCCGGACUACGCUGUCUUUAUGCUCAAGUACUUUAUGUGCCUUUUGGUGGGUAUCACGUCUGGCGUGUGGAUUUGGUCCGGUAAAACGCUGGAGUCCUGGAGGACUUUUUGUACACGCUGCUGCUGGGGCAGUAAAGGAACCAGCGGUUCAAUGUACAGCGACGUAAGCACGGGAUUAACGUGGCGGUCUGGCACUGCUAGCUCAGUGUCUUGCCCGAAGCAGAUGCCAUUGUCACAGGUUUAACGGAACUGGCCACUAAUUGUUGUGGAGAUAGCCCAUUCGCCUGUCUUAGGCAUUUGCAUCAAAAUUAACCAUUGUUGCUUUUUUUACGGAACGCUGUUUGGGGGACUGGUUCCGUAGAUGGAGACUGUACCUGGCAUGACCACUACUUAAUUCCAAAUCCACUGACAACCCCUGACAGGUUUACAAUCCUUUUCAUGGUCAGCAGUUUUAGUGCGGCCACUGUCCUGCAGCAAACCAUUCUGAAUAAGUUCUCCAAAAAAGUGCUAAAUGAAAUGUCUGUAAUGCUCUACUUUUUGUGUCAGGUAAUCCAGAGUACCUUUCACAACAAACUUCGAAUAUCAAAGAUGGUUUCAAACAAGCCUUAAUGUCAUAGUGCCCAAAUAUAAUACGGGUCCUUAAUGUUUUUAAUGGAUAAAAUGUAUUUAUAUAAUGUAUAAAUGUGUAAAUUAUGUACAAAAUGAGAUUUAUAAGAUACUGUAAAUUUGUACAAAUGUAGAUGUUACUUUGAAA